AUGGAGAGAAUUUCUAACUGUAGUAAAGCUAUCUCUAAAUGGAGUAAGGACCAGUAUCUCGACAAAAAAAAAGCCAUUGCUAACCUGAAAAUGAGUUUGGAUUCAGAGCUAUCCAAACCAGUAGCAGAUAAUCCUUUGAUCUCCUCCUUGAAUUUAGCACUGCUCCAGGCUUAUAAAGCUGAAGAGGAGUACAUGAGGCAUCAGAGCAGGCAGAUGUGGCUCUCCUUAGGUGAUUGUAACACUGGUUACUUCCACGCAGCUGCUCGAGGAAGAAGUGCCCGAAACAGACUAUCAAUGAUGGAAAUUGCUGAUGGAUCCUCAGUAUAUGAGGAAGAACAGAUUGCUGAAGUCAUAGCAGCAUAUUUCUCAGAGAUUUUUGCAACGUCUUCAAUAGAUUGCACUGCUACGGUGCAGAGUGCCCUGAAGUCUAAGAUAUCAGGGGAACAGAAUGAAAUGUUGACAGUGCCACCCACAGAGGCUGAGAUUCGAGCUGCUAUGUUCUCCAUCCACCCCGACAAGGCCCCAUGGCCAGAUGGCUUCUAUUCAGCUUUCAUACCUGGACGCGCCAUCUCAGAUAAUGUACUUAUCACGCAUGAGUUCCUCCAUUAUCUCAAAACUACAAAGUCUAAAAAGCGAUCCUCAAUGGCUGUAAAAUCUGAUAUGAGUAAGGCGUACGAUAGAUUAGAAUGGAGCUUUAUCGAGUGUGUGUUAUCUACUCUGGGUUUUCAUGAAGACUUUGUUACCUGGAUAAUGAACUGUGUCACCUCUGUCUCGUACUCCUUCCUGAUCAAUGAUGCUGUACUAGGAAGAGUGACGCCACAAAGGGAGAUUAGACAGGGUGAUCCCCUCUCCCCCUAUCUCUUUAUCAUGUGCAGUGAAGUUUUAUCAGGCCUCUGUUCUAAAGCACAACAAGAUGGAACACUUCCAGGGAUCAAAAUAGCGAAAAACAGUCCUAGUGUGAAUCACUUACUGUUCGCUGAUGAUACCAUGUUCUUUAUCCCCACAGACAGGCGCAGCUGCACGAAACUGAAACAUAUUCUAGCCCUUUAUGAAGUUGCCUCAGGACAGAGGAUCAAUACCGACAAGUCUUUCAUCUCCUUUGCUACAAAAACCACAUCCUUAAUGGUCAUGCUCAAAGCUGUCCUCACUGCGGUUCCUUCUUCUGCGAUGACUUGCUUUCUGCUACCCAUUGGCUUAUGCAAAAUGAUACAGUCAGCCCUAACGCGCUUCUGGUGGGACUCAAACACUGGAAAAAAAAAAAUGUGUUGGUUAUCAUGGGACACGCUUACAAAAUCCAAAGGUAUGGGUGGCUUGGGAUUUAAAGACAUUCAGACCUUUAAUAUCGCUCUCCUCGUAAAACUCCCUUGGCGUAUGCUCACCAAUCCAAACUGUCUCCUCUUUCGAGUUCUCCUCGGGAAGUAUUGCCACAAAGCUCCGCUGCUCAAAGUGCAACUAGUUAAAGGCGCCUCCCACAGAUGGAUUGGUAUUCUCGCUGGCAGAGAUUUAUUAGCCUCCCAUAUUGGAAGGGCAGUGGGAGAAGGGACAGAGAUCAAAGUGUGGUCUGAUGCUUGGAUGUCCACUACUUCUCACAUUAUACCUUAUGGACCCCUCAAGGAAUGUACAAAUGAUCUCUAUGUCUCUGAACUGAUUAAUCGAGGAACCUGUGAAUGGAACAAAGAGAUGAUCAGUAGGAUAAUGCCUGAUUUCGUUGAUGAUAUAUUGGCUAUAAAACCAAGUAAAACAGGAGCAAGAGACUCCUACAUUUGGUAUCCAGCAAAAUAUGGCGUCUACUCUACGAAAUCAGGAUAUGCUGCAGCUAUUGCCAAAGAACCCCUAGACAACAACUCUCCACUUGACUCCUUUGAUUGGCAUUGA